AAUGUUCACUGGUCGAAGUACCAGAAGAUUCUACACCAGUGAAGACUGACCAAGGAACAAGCAUGGAAGAAGAGCCAGAAAUGUCACAAGCUAUGGAACAAGAUGGUGCCACAGCAGCAGAGAUAAAAGAUCAAGGCCAUGGAGGAGAUGAAUGGCAUUACAAGGGUCACGUGAUUACAAAAUUCGCCAUGAUGUCAGAUGCACACCACGAUUUCAAAACCCUGGCCUCUGAUUGUCUACAAAUGCAAAUGCUGUUUGGCGCGUUCACGCCUGACCAGUGGGGCUUCCGGCCCCGCACUGUGGUGGUACACGGAGAGUCAGGAGUCGGCAAGUCAGCUUUGGCCCGGAGGAUCCUGCUGCACUGGGCCCGAGGGGAGCUGUACCCCGGCAUGUUCUCCUACGUCUUCUUUUUCCACGCCGGAGAGGUGCAAUCCAGGAGGGAGAGCAGUUUUAUGGAGUUAAUUUCUGGGGAGUGGCCAGAUUCCCCGGCCCCCGUGAUGGACAUCCUGUCCCAACCAGAAAGGCUCUUGUUUGUGGUCGAUGGUUUUGAUGACCUGGACGUUGCCUUCAAAGAGGAUGAUGACACGCACCUCUGUGACGACUGGGCGGAGAGGCGGCCCGUGUCUGUCCUGAUGCGUAGUCUGCUGAAGAAAGUCCUGCUCCCCGAAGCAUCCCUAAUCGUCACCAUCAGAGACGUGGGAGUGGAAAAUCUCCAAGCUGUGGUCACAUCUCCCCGUUACCUCUUAGUUGAAGGAAUGUCGAUGGAAAGGAGGACUCAGUUGUUCCUGGAGCACAUGAAGAAUGAGCAUCAGAAAAUUCGAGUGUUGCACUCAGUGGUGGACAACCACCAGCUGUUUGGCAAGUGUCAGGUUCCCGUCAUGUGGUCGCUUAUCUGCCAGGCUCUCCAGAUGCAAGAGGCGGCGGGGAACAGUCUGCCACAUGCUUGCCAAAUCCUCACGGGCUUGUACGUCACCUUUGUGGCCCAUCAGCUCACCCCUCGAGAUGCCUUCAGGCGUUGUCUCAGCCUGGAAGAAAGAGCUGUCCUGAAGGCUUUGUGCCAGAUGGCCGCGGAGGGGGUGUGGGGCACCAAGUUUGUGUUUUACGGCGAUGACUUGCGCGUUUAUGGACUGACCGAGUCGGAGCUCUCUGCCCUGUUUCACAUGAACAUCCUUCUUCCAGACGACCCUGGUGAGAGGUGUUACACGUUCCCCCACCCCAGCCUCCAAGAGUUCUGUGCUGCCUUGUACUACAUUCUAGAAGGAUUGGAAAAAGAGUGGGAGCCCCACCCUCUGUUCAUGGAGAAUAUAAAGACUUUAAUGGAGCUCAAACAAAUCAGCAGCAAUGCCCACUUGCUGCAAGUGAAGCGUUUCUUGUUUGGCCUGAUGAACAAGAAGGUGGUGAGUGUUCUGGAAAACCUGCUGGGGUGUGCUAUCCCCCCAGUGGUGAAACGGGCACUUCUCCACUGGAUCUAUUUGUUAGGUCAACAGGCCAACAACACCACCCCUCUAGACUUCCUGGACUCCUUCUACUGUCUUUUUGAGACUCAGGACGAAGAGUUUGUUCACUUGGCAUUGAACAGCUUCCAAGAAGUAUGGCUUUUGAUUAACCGGCCAAUGGACUUACUAGUGUCUUCCUACUGUCUCCAGCACUGCCAGUAUUUAUGGAAAAUUCAGAUGGAUGUCAGAGAGAUCUUCUCAGAAGAUGAGGUCACUGAGGCAUGGCCCAUGAUUCCACAAGGGCUGCAGAUCAAGGUCCCAGUUGAGAACUGGUGGGAAAAUCUUUGCUUGGUGCUCAGCACCCACCCAAACCUACAACAGCUGGACCUAAGUGGCAGCAUCCUGAAUGAAUGGGCCAUGAGGACCCUGUGCAUCAAGCUCAGACAGCCAACCUGUAAAAUACAGAAUCUGAUAUUUAAAAGUGCACAAAUUACCUUUGGUCUCCAAUAUCUCUGGAGGACUGUCGUCAUCAACCAUAGUAUUAAAUACUUGAACUUGGAAGGCACUCACCUGAAGGACGAAGAUAUGGGGAUGGCGCAUGAAGCACUAAGACAUCCAAGUUGUAUGUUGGAGUCUUUGAGGUUGGAUCACUGUGGAUUAACCCACACCUGUUGUCUGGCGAUCUCCCAAAUCCUGGUUACAGCCACCAGACUGAAAUCUCUCAGCCUCACAGGAAAUAAGGUGACACACCAGGGCACCAUGCCUCUCUGUGAUGCCUUGAAGGUUUCACAGUGCACCCUGAAGAAGCUGAUACUGGGAAACUGCGGCCUGACAGCUGCCGACUGCCAGGAUCUGGCCUCGGCACUCAUCAGCAACCAGCGAUUGACACACCUGUACCUGUCGGCCAAUAACCUGGGCAGUGAAGGCAUGAAUCUGUUGUGUCGAGCAUUGAAACUUUUCAGCUGUGCCCUACGGAGACUGAUACUAAAUGAUUGCAACCUGGAUGUCAUUGGCUGUGGCUUUCUCGCUCUUGCAUUUAUGGGCAACCAACAUCUGACGCAUCUGAGCCUUAGCAUGAACCCCUUGGGAGAUGAUGGGAUGAUCCUUCUGUGUGAGGCCAUGAUAGAACCAUCUUGUCACCUCCGGGACCUGGAGUUGGAGGCGUGUGACUUGACAUCUGACUGUUGUGAGGGCCUCUCCUUGGCUCUCUUCAGCAACCAGAGCCUGACCAGCAUAAACCUGAUGCGGAAUAAUUUCAGUCCUGGAGGAAUAAUGAAGCUGUGUCCAGCCUUUGCACAUCCCAACUCUAAUCUACAGAUUAUUGGGCUAUGGAAAUGGCAAUAUCCAGCUCAAGUGAGGAAGCUGCUGGAGGAGGUGCAGCUACGGAAGCCUCAAGUUGUGAUUGGCGAUGGCUGGUAUGCUUUUGACGAAGAAGACCGGUAUUGGUGGAAAAACUGA